UUGUCGCAUGAGUAUGACGUCAACCCAGUCAGGCUAAGCAAACGGUGCUACACGUGUACAUUUGGUAAACAUUCGGCUUAUUCGUGCAGUUUUUAGUUUCUCAGAUCGAUAAACAGCAUUUUCAAUGACAGGUUUUCCGCGUUCAUGCCAGACCCCAUAACAGUCGGCCGACCGCUAUUGCCAUUCAAAAGCCUCUAGCUUACUGCUAUGUACGAAGAUCAAGAAGACAUCUUUCCUGUUGAUGACGAUUUAUUCGAUGAAACAUUUUCAGCGGAUUGUGUCUAUAGAUUUUGUGGCGAGGAGUUCAAAAUCAAUCAGGCUUUUAGCGCCAACUUGGGAGUGGCUGCACCAGUGUGGGAUGCUGCUCUCCAUUUAUGUCGCUUCUUUGAAGAGAAGCGCUUUCCUUUGAAGGGCAAGAAAAUAAUCGAGUUAGGUGCUGGAACUGGGAUUGUCGGAAUUUUGGCUGCACGGUUAGGAGCUGAUGUAACAAUCACAGAUUUGCCAGUAGCUGUGCCACAAGUCCAGAGCAAUGUGUCUGCCAACACACCUUCAGGGGGCUGGCCCUUUGUGGAGCCCACUGUCGUCCCUCUCUCCUGGGGUCAGGAUCAGAAGAACUUCCACUCUGACUGGGACCUGGUGCUCGGUGCUGACGUCGUCUACCAGUCUGCGGCUUACCCACUUCUCUUAGAGACUCUCACUCACCUGUGCAAGGAUGGAGCAGUGGUGUACCUGUCAUCCAAGAUGCGCAAGGAGCAUGGAACUCCGUAUUUUUAUGACAGUGACCUGCCCCAGAAAUUCCAAGUUGAGUUGGUGCAAUGUGACCAAGAGCAGAACAUAAAUAUUUACCGGGCCACACUGAGGAAAGCUUGCAUCGGUGUUCAAAAGAAUUCCUCCAUGUUUCUUAUCUAAGGUUUCAAAGAUGAACCACAACUUAAGGUCCAUCAAAAGAAACUUUUUCUCAAAUGUUUACAUGCAAAUUUUCUAAUCCCUUUACCAAAGAUAUUUUUUUUACCUUGUGGGCCGCACAUAGCACAGUGGGCAGCACAGUGGUAUUUUUUUUUUUUUAAAUGGCAGUGUUUGAUACAGAGAUAUAUAAAACUGAAGCGAAUCCACUGAGUCCAUAAUUUUCAUGUUGAAUCAUUCAGUGACAAGUUUACUUCAUGAGCAUUGAGCAUUUGCCAUUUAUGUUUAAUUUAAACACUUAAAAAACACUUAACAUUCCCUGUGGAUUAUCAUUACGAGAAUUAUGUUAAAUUGAUUGUAAUGCUAAAUUAUAGUUUAUAGAGGGUAGUGCUUCAGGAUUUGAUCCUAAACAAAGUAUCUUUGAACUUCAAUUGGUAUGUUUUUAAUUGAUUGAAACAAGUGCAAUGAGACAUGAAUAAACAGUACAGCCGGUGGUUCCGAUAUUUUUUUGUCCACACAGACAGAUUUUGCUAUCAGUGGCACCCUGGUUGCUAAACGAGUGCAUCCUUUCAUCCUUUUUUUCCUCCUGCUCUGUGCUGAUGCACUGAAUUUCUGUUCAGAAAGAAAAGCCUGUUUGUUCCGCUGGGGAGUUUCAAAGAAAGCGAAAGCCACCCCCCCUCCCCAUGCACUACCGCUCAGUGGAGAAAACAACAGAUCCCUAUCUACAGUCAAACUGUGUGCUCUCUCCUCCUGUAUGAUUAUUAAUGCAAGCAGUACACACUUCACAUGAGUGAUAGAGGUCCUAUAAUAUACCUCUAUUCAGACGCUCUUCAGAGUUCGUCAUUUGGAUAUUAACACAACACUAAAAUAUUGAACUGAUUGGUCGCUUAUAUUCUAACAUAACUUUCUGUUGAGCGUGUCUGGGUGUGUCAUAUUUUCUGAAUAUGUGAAUGCGAGACCUGCUUUAAAACAAAUGACCAAAAUGCCUAUGGCUUAUUUGUUAUUGGCUCCCACAAAUGUUAAGUAAAUUGGAACCCAAAUGUUCUUAGUGUAAAUCAUUUUUUUCUCAUACCUACCAUGUGCACUAUGUACAUUACCCUCUUUAUUCACAACUAUAUCCUCUGUGUAAUUCCAUUGGUUAAGUCAUUUGCCCAAUAAACUCAUUGGAGACACA